AUGAACGCCAUUGAUCCAGAUCUUCGAAAGGAAGUUGAACUAUUCCACAACACCACUGAUGGGUUUAUUGUUGUAUGGUACGUUCUCCUUCGUCUCCUCUAUGACAACAACAUCGACCGCAAACGCAACAUUGAAUCCGAGCUUCGGAAGGUUGCCGUCACAAGCUACCCACAACAGAAUGUCAACGCCAUCGUUGCCACCUUCCUCAACAUGGCAGAAGAACUUGACGAUAUGGAGGACUACAAUCACGACAACACCAUCAAGAUGCUCGACACUCUUUCCUAUGCCGGUGGUGGAACCGAUCCAAGCAAUCCCGACACCCUCUACUUCCGCAGCCAAAUUAUGACUCUUCGCAGCCGUGUGGACGAUGCUCUCAUCGCUAUCCGAGGACUAUCAGCGGCUAGCGCUACCACUUACAUGGUGGCACAUGAUGUUCACUACCGUCAAGUCCUCAUGAAAGUCCAAAAGUCUUACCUUCAGCUCUUCAACAACCACAAGUGGCCCCCAGCAAACACCCCUCUCGACUCUCGUACUCCGUCCGCCCUGCAAGCCAACAACGUACUGACCCAGAAGCACCUGAAGGAACAGUUUCGUGCCUUUCUGCUCCAACAAGCACAAGGAAACAACACCAACACUAACACCAACACCAACACCAAUAACAACACCAAUAACAACAACAACAAUCGCAAUGGUGACCGCACCGGCAACGCACCUCCCAAUCCCAAGCGGGUCCAACCCUCAAUUGCCAACGGCGACGUUCCUAUUGCAACCGUGGACGGGGUUCCACACUUCAGGAAGAACAUCAACGGCAAGGACAUGGAUUGGUGCCAGACUUGCAAACGUUUCACCAACACCCACGCUACUCAUCAACAUGGCUCCGGUACCAACAACAACAACAGCAACAACAACAACAACAACAACAACAACAACAACAACAACAACAACAACAACAACAACAACACCAGCACCACGGCCACCGCCGCCAACCUUGCCUCUACCGAUCUGCCACCGGAUAUUGAUUUUGGCACCUUCAACAUCGCCGACUACAACUUCUACGUAUCCUCUGGUAUCACCUCCCAGGAUGUGCUUGACGUGAUCGCUCCUCCUGCUCUUGUCAAAACUGUCUCUGACGAUGUUCACGACGACACCAUCCUUAUCAUCGACCGCGAUGCUGUCACCGCUCAUCACUGGUGUGUUCCUGUUGACUCCUUUCCCCACUCUCACUCCACUACCACAUCUGCACUCGACUCUCCUACUGUUGAGACCGUCACUGACGACAAUGACGAUGCAACCAUCAUCCCUACCAUCGACCGCGACGACGUCACCAUUCAACACUGGUGUGUCCCAGUUGAUUCCUUCACCAACUCUGACUCCGCUGCCAUGCAUGGGCCUGCCGUCGACUACGACUCUGACAAUGAUGACGUGCCUCCUUCCCUCGUGGACCGCACUUCGGAUCACGAGUCUGACGACGACUCUGUUCUUGAUGAUUCCUCUUCCGUCCUUCCCCAGGAAACUACGAUUCCCACCUAUCGCCUUCAUCCGCCUGCAUCUCGCCCAGCAUCGCUUUGGCGUCCACUUGCCCUACUCCUGCCACCUCUCUUCCUUGGGCUUCGAUUCCUCCUUCCGUUUCUUGCUACCCACACCAACCGUGGUUUGUCGCAAGCCUCCAUGAUGGUCCAAGACUUCCCCAUUCUGUCCUUUCUGGCUACCCAGGCCAACCGAGGUUUUCUUCACCUGUGGUCUAUUGUCUCCCACCAUCCCACUACCAUUGCAUUUCGCGCCUUUGGCUCUGCCUUCCCUUCCAUCUUUGCUGAGCACCGAUGUUCCUGGUCCGCUCUACCCUUUUGGCUCUGGCUGGUCCUUGCAUUUUUCAUCCUCAUCGGACCCCAACGCCUCUGUACCCCUGCACCUCCCCUUCCCCGCCACGUUCGACGCCAUCUUGCCCGCCUGCACCAUCGGCAGCGCCGUCCCAAACCCACUAUGCAGUUCCCUUCCUUCCGUCAUCCACGCUACCAACCUUCGCGCGCCCAUCUUCUUUCCCGAUGCCAAUGGCGGCGGGUAUCCACCGGCCUCAGCGGCUCCAAGGCUUCAGCGAUUCCCACCGAACUCAGCCACCUUUAUGUCAACUUCCACCGUUGUAAAGCACGCCCCCGAUGUCAAUACAAAUCGCAACGUCGUCGCCGUUGGUUGUCGCCCUACACUCGGAGACUCCGAUCCCUUCAGCUACACCAGCUUGCCUCUUCAAUGCGGCUCACACAGCUCCGCACCGGUUUCAAGGCUCAGGCUCAGCAUCAACAACAUUGCAAACAGCGAGGACUCCUGGUUAUCGAUCAAAUUCACCAGUGGAACUGGCAAACUCAACACAGUCAGCAUAUGUCGGAACAGCUGUUACAAGGCGACCUCUCUCCCAUUCUCCCGGAUCUGAUCUCGUCCCCUUCCCCGGUUGCCUCUUUCCCCAGCUGGGAUGAUGACUCCGUCUCCACCAGCUGCUUCAGUGAGAUCGAUGCGCACGAUUCUGACCCACCUGAUCCCACACCUUCCGUCCUCAUCAAUCAACAUGGAACCGUGUCCAUCUACAACGCCACCACGACUAUUGCUACCUCCAUCGCCGAGUUCGCUCAGGAUCACCUAUUCCUCUCCGAGACAUCUGCCGACAUGGAACCAGCGUUUCCGGUCAUCUGGGAUUCUGGAGCCUCGGUGUGUGUCACACCCCACAAGCGUGACUUUGUCGGCAAGCUUCACCCCCCUCCCAACUCCAGCACCAAAGGGAUCGGAGGCCCCAUUGAGGUCACCGGAUGCGGACAUGUCGCAUGGACGUUCAAGACCACCACCAACACCUUCCGUACCUUGAUUCUGCCAGCCGUUCUAGUUCCCUCGGCCAACCAACGUCUUUUGAGCACCAGCUCCCUCCUUCAUUGUCACUCCAAGGAAACCAUCUCCCUUUCCUCUGACGGCAUGCUACUAUCUGGAACCACUAGCGACGGUGCCUCUACACGACCCAUUGCGGUGGACAUCUCUCCCACCAACAACUUACCUACCGCUACGGCAUACCGCGUCAUUGAUUCUCCGCAACCAACUCCCGAGGCCGAUGUCACCGUGGCAAUCGACAACCUCCACAGUUCCCAAGGCCCAGCUCCGACAUAA